AUGAUGGAUAGCGAGGCUGUUGAUGGCGGCUACUUUGGCCUGCCGAGUGGCCUACAGAGCGGACCGGAUGCAACCAGCCCAGGUUCUGUUCAAAGCGCUGGCGCCUUGUCGAUCGAGCUACCCUCACAUCCGUCUUCGACCAUGGUUGCAUUAACAACACUGCAAUAUCUGCCAAUUCCGCUUCUGGUAUUGUCCGCAGAUGCAACUGUUACGCUUGCAAACGAAGCAAUGGGCCGUCUUCUUGGGAUUGAUUGGUCAGCUACGGCUGCAGAAGGGUUGACUGUAGCAGAGGCUUUGAUUGGAAAGGCCAUGGCUGAGCUCGGGAUAGACAUCCUCCAGAACGGCUCACCCAUACUGGUUUCAUGGCAGGACUUCCUUAAUUCUGUAGUCGAGGAUGCUGCCGCUCAACGAAAAGACCGAUUGUCCGUUGAAGCGAGUCAGCUAGACAGCGGCGGCAGCACACCCACCGCUACUCCCGGUGGCCAGGACUUCGCUGAUGCACCGCCCAAGUUACCACGGUUGAGCAGUCAAAAUCUCACGGGAGCGACAGUACACGACGUAUCAGUGGAUAUAAUCAUAACUCCUACGACUCGUACCGGGGACCGUACCACAUCACAAAACUCAAAAUUCUCCCCGCACGAAAACGCACUUCAAGCCACCAUGAUCAUCUCAGUCUGGGGUAUUGAAGACACCAACUAUUAUACGCUGACUUUCACAAGUGCCCAACCUGUUGAUGCGAAACGCAACACGCGGCCCUCGAGCCGCAUUGUGACUAGAACAACAACCGCCUAUCAGCUCUCUAAAUCCCAUGGCUCCAAUUCCAGUUCUUCUUCGGGACACAGAUCAGGACCAAGCCCAAAAGCCCUGACGCCAACGUUCUCUACGCCUGAUUUCCCACCACGUGGUCCCCCACUAAAGGCCAGAAGCGAUUUGUCCAUGACCGCCAGUAUCUUCCAAAAAGCCUCGCAGAUGAAGGACGCAAUUUUGAACUCAAUCAAUAUGCCAGCAUAUGCUAUGUGGCAGGAUGAGGGAUUUGGAAUACCGAACAAGGCCAUGCUCCGUUUAUUGCCAGAAGAUGCCGUGUACAAUCCUACCGAUCAGAGAGCCUUUCUCAGCCAAUUUAGCUUGUGGACAGAGGACUUUGCGCGCAAGUUGGACGUGGACGAGCUUCCCAUUAUGGAGCUAUGCCGCAGUCAGCAACCGUUCGACAGCCGCCGUAUAACAAUGCGUCAUCCUAAAACUGGAGUACCGAUAGCCUUUGAGGUAGCAGGCGAGCCAAUCCUCCAUGACGUGACCGGCGAGUUUUUGGGCGGAAUAGUUGUCUUCAAGGACGUUACACAGUAUGCUAACGAGAUUGCGGCGCAAGUGCACGAAAAUGAGCGACAAUUUGAAUAUAUCACAAAUAACCUGCCGGUCAUGGUAUGGACCACCACGCCAGACGGGACACACGACUGGUACUCGCAACGCUGGUACGAUUACACUGGGCAGACUGUCGAAGAGUCGUUAGGAGAGGGUUGGAGAGAUGUAUUCCAUCCAGAGGACAUGCCGACGACGGCUGAGCGCUGGUCCCGAUCUCUUCGAACCGGGGAAGAGUACAACACCGAGUAUAGGGCUAAAAGAUACGACGGCGUCUGGCGUUGGAUGCUUGGGAGAGCGGUUCCUUUCUACAAUGGGGCCGGCAAAAUUACCAGGUGGUUCGGUACCUGCACGGACAUUCAUGACCUCGUGGAAGCCCGACAGGCGGCACGACAGACAAGAGCGCAGCUACAACGGGUUAUUGAACAUGCCAAGGUCACACUUUGGGUAAUCAACAGGAAGGCAGAGCUGCUCAUGUUGGAGGGAGACAUGGAGGGAGUCGGAGGCGCGAGAAAGAAUGAACAGGGGAAUGAGCAGGCCAUUGGGAAGAAUAUUUUCGAUUUCUUCGGCGACUUCGACCGUUGGAAGAGACCAAUCCAAGAAUUGCUGGAGGGCAGAGCGCGAGAUGAGAUAAUGGAAAGAGUCAAGGAUGAUCAAUGCUACCGCACAAGAUUGGUUCCCCUCUACAAACGUUCCAGGGCCGGUGGAAAGGAGGGCGACGCAUACAUCGAUGGGGUCAUUGGUAUUUCCAUGGACGUUUCCGAGUUACGCAUCAGAGAAAACAAGCUGAAAGAGCAAGGGGAAGAGAACAGUAGACUUUUGGCUAACGCAGCUGCAGCCAAGGAAGCAAGUCGUAUGAAAAGUCAAUUCCUGGCAAACAUGUCGCACGAAAUCAGGACCCCUAUCGCUGGAGUCAUAGGCAUGAGCGAUCUCCUGCUGGACAUGAAUCUCGAUGAAGAACAGAAAGAGUGUGCCGAAAACAUCCAACGCUCCGCGAAUGGGCUUCUGGCGGUCAUCAACGACAUAUUGGAUUUCAGCAAGGUCGAAUCGGGACGCUUGGAUAUCGAAGAAGUUCAAUUUAGUCUUGCGGUCGUUCUACGAGAUGUCAACAAGAUGAUGUCCUUCGCAGCGCAGCGGAAAAAUAUUGCGUAUGAGAGCGCUGUACAGCCGGAGAUUGAAAGGGACCUCCGAGUGAUGGGAGACCCGGGUCGCUUGAGGCAGAUUUUGACAAACGUUUUAACCAACUCAAUCAAGUUUACAAGUGAAGGACACGUUCGUUUGGGAGCCUCGAUCAUUUCUGAAUCGAAGGAGACAGUCACUGUACGCUUUGUUGUCGAAGACACGGGGAUCGGAAUCGAAGAAGAUGUCCGCAAGCGGCUUUUCCAACCCUUUAGUCAGGCCGACUCUUCGACAGCACGUCGCUUUGGGGGCACAGGCCUGGGGUUGACAAUUAGCAAGAACCUCGUACAAUUGAUGCACGGAGACAUCGAUCUGGAGUCGGUGCUUGGUCAAGGCACCACCGCAACAUUCUGGAUUCCCUUCAGCAAAGCGCCAUACCAGGACGACGGGUCACCACUGAUCGAUCUCUCGUCGAUCCCGGAUCGCUUGCAGUCGGAUGUGUCUGUGUCUUGCGGAAGCUCUGACGAUCACACGCCGCCACAGACCCCUAAGCUGCACAAUGUACACACCAAAAUGCAUGGUCGGGGAGAAUCAACUCCGUCAUUGGCCAGCCCUAGUAUUCCCGACUACUUGACUACGCUGUCUGAGAGCGAGAGGAAGAAGGUCCAGGUGUUGGUAGUCGAGGACAAUCAUAUUAAUCAACAGAUCGCCCUUAAAACGAUCAAAAAGCUGAACUUCAGUGUCCAAGCGGUAUGGAACGGAAAGGAGGCCUUAGAUUAUCUCUCGCAGGAUUUCUCCGCUGAGCAUCCGAGACCGGAUCUGAUUCUCAUGGAUGUCCAAAUGCCUAUCAUGGAUGGGUAUCAAGCUACCUCGAAAAUCCGAACAGACUUCGAAACAGCCGAUUUUCGGAAUGUUCCUAUCAUUGCGAUGACAGCGUCGGCAAUACAAGGCGACAAGGAAAAGUGCCAAAAGGCUGGCAUGGACGAUUACUUAGCGAAACCUGUCAAAGGCAAGCUGCUCGAGAAGAUGCUCGUGAAGUGGGCGAUCGAAGGUAGGCGCAAGUUGGCCAAGCAGCCGCUAUCCAAGAACGUUGAGGAUCGUCGCGCCUCUGCACUGACCCCUCCCAAAUCGCGCCCUAAUGCCCCGUCCGAUCAAACGCAAAUCUCCCACCUCCCUGUCACAUCUGAAACGACGGCGCAAGACUCAUCUCUGACGGCUGAGCUUGACCGCCUCCACUACGAAAGCAACGCCGCCUUGGCUAAAUCCUCCGAAACCGCUGACGACCGUGCGAUGCGUCGCAUUCACGCUGAAGAGAAAGCAUCCAGCCUACGGGAUGACAAACUGCUCUUCCUCACCGGGACAGAAGGGCAUGGGCAGGGGAGCUACCAGGGGGAAGAGCAAUCCCAGCUACCUCUGACACAGGAGAACAUGCAGAGAUUAGAGAAGCAGGCGGAACCAGCCGUCUUUCGACAGUCUCGCGAGCGCGACGGCCACUCGAGCGGAGACAUGGAAGUUGAGCCUCAGAGCCGAAGCGACAGCAGGGCAGGAGGUUCUUCGAGUUUGAGACCGUCAUUGAAAGCAACACAGAAGGAAAGUGAACAGACCAUCACAGCGCAAUCUCCAAGAUGA